AUGGUGCCUCGCGAUCAGAGCUACACUGUUAAGAAGUUUCGCUGUCAAAAGGACCCUGACACUGGCCAUAUAGUGGUUCAUGUCACCUGGGAGGAGUCUGUGGUCCCCAUCUCAGCCUUCCCCCUAAAUGGGACGUGGCAGGAGCUCGAGAAGCAUCUGCAAGGAGACUAUCCGCCACUGUGUCAACACAGUGGCGGUUCUGGGAUCUGUGUUGAUGCGACGAACAUUGGGGCAUAUAUGGUCUCACGCAUCCGAGUGAGAAUGGUCAAUGGCCAGCCGGAGAUCACAGUGUUUUGGGCUGAUACCGAGGAACCGUUAUCUGUGCUCGAUAGCGACGCGCGAGAGACCGCAAAGAAGCAGAUCAUCAAGAAGUACGGGCGUAACGUAUGGAACUCGGAAUCAGAGCGCGCUGGGCUCGAGGCAUGA